AUGCAGCAAGCAGGGGUGAAGACAGCUCGAUCUAAGGCCCACCCUCGCGACCGAACGGAGGCAACAACAGCCAAAACCCGGCAGUCGAAAUAUCGACCACGAGGAGGGGCAAAUGCGCCAGCUCACAAGAGGUUGACGCAUCGACGGACCACAAUGUCGGUUGCAGUCGAGGAGAAAGACAUGAACGAUGUAGUUGAGGGGGAGAAGAAGCUGUCCAAGAAGGAACUAAAUAAGUUAGCUAAAGCAGCCAAAAUUGCUGAAAUAAAGGCACAGAAAGCCGCUCAAAACCAAUCGCAAACACAAGGUGAUGAAGAGGAUAUUUCCGUUGGCAUGUACGGAAGCUACGGUAUAAUUCAAUCAGCCGACAAGAAAGACAUUGUAUUUUCUCCAAUAAACAAAAUCACAGCGAGUAUCCACGGUCAGGAGAUGUGGGUCAGAGGACGAGUGCACGCAAUUCGUAGCAAGGGUAAAACCUGCUUUCUCAUCCUCAGGCAGCGUUUCUAUACAGUCCAGGUUCUGCUUUCUGUUGGGGAGAAGAUAAGCAAACAAAUGCUCAAAUUUGUAUCUAACAUCCCGAAGGAGUCUAUUGUUGAUAUCCAAGGCCGUGUAGAGAAAGUCGAAGCGCAGAUUGAAUCAUGCACACAGAAAGACGCUGAGCUUCAUGCCAUUCAGGUCUUCGUUGUGUCGUCGUCGGAGCAACGUUUACCUUUGCAAAUCGAAGAUGCUAGCCGACGUGCUGACAGUGCUGAUGGUCUGGCCGCUGUCAAUUUGGACACCAGGCUUGAUAACCGAGUCCUCGAUCUGCGCACGACUACAAACCAAGGAAUUUUCUCGCUACAAGCUGGAGUAUGCAAACUUUUCCGGGAUACCUUAAGAGAGCGAGGAUUUGUUGAAAUUCAUACUCCCAAGAUCAUUUCAGCUGCUAGUGAGGGGGGCGCAAAUGUUUUUGAGGUAUCUUAUUUCAAAAAUUCUGCGUAUCUUGCACAAUCACCUCAGCUCUACAAGCAGAUGGCUAUUGCUGGUGACUUUGAGAAGGUUUUUACUAUUGGAGCUGUUUUUCGUGCCGAAGAUUCCAACACUCAUAGACACAUGACAGAAUUUGUAGGUCUGGAUUUGGAAAUGGCUUUUAACUUCCAUUAUCACGAGGUGCUGGAAACUAUUGGGUCAGUCCUGAUUAACGUUUUCAAAGGGCUGCAGCGUGACUAUGCUGACGAAAUCGCUGCUGUAGGACGACAAUACCCUGCUGAACCCUUUGAAUUUUGUGAACCUGCUCUUGUUCUCAAAUAUCCUGAAGCGUUGAAAUUGUUGCGCGAAGAUGGCGUUGAGAUUGGUGAUGAAGAAGACUUGAGUACACCAGUGGAGAAGCAGCUUGGUCGAUUGAUAAAAAAGAAAUACAAGACUGACUUCUUCAUACUUGACAAAUUUCCACUUGCUGUUCGUCCGUUCUACACUAUGCCUGAUCCUCAUGAUCCGAGAUACUCAAAUAGUUACGACAUGUUUAUGAGAGGUGAAGAGAUCCUAUCUGGAGCUCAGCGAAUUCACGACGCAGAUUUCCUGGUAGAGCGAGCCAAACAUCAUAACAUUGAGCUUCAGAAAAUCCAAGCCUACAUUGACUCGUUCAAGUAUGGAUGUCCUCCACAUGCUGGUGGCGGUAUUGGACUCGAACGAGUAACGAUGCUCUUUCUGGGCUUGCACAAUAUUCGUCUUGCAUCAAUGUUCCCUCGUGACCCAAAGAGAAUCACGCCUUGA